AUGGCUGUAGGUAUCUAUGUUGUUCGCUGGCGCCGCAAAAAAGCAAAUCUCCCCGAGCCUGAAUUCAAAGCAUGGCAUGUGGUGAUUAUCUUCAACAUCUGCAUCCAGCUCUACCUCCUCAUCAUGCCUUGGUAUCCCCCUGCGGGCGGACAGUAUGCUGGCGAUGUGAGCUUCUGGUACGCGACUUACGCCGUUACUGGUAUUGUAAUCCUUCUUACCUGUGCCAUCUACUACUGGCUUUGGGCAUUCCUCAUCCCCAAGCGGAGAGGCUACAAGUUGCGACAGGAGCUCAUCAGUCUUGAUGACGGAGUUCAAAGCAACAGACUUCGAAAGAUCCCAAAUGCCGAAGUUGACGCGUGGGAUGCUACACACGAUGCGUCUGGGCGCCUUCUUGGGCCUUCUGCUAGUGAAACGCUUGUGCAAGAGAAGGGGCUGAGAAGCUCUUCGGAGGGUAGUAACUCGGAUGGAGGCAAACAGGUGCCAAGUACUAUUCGUGAGAGCGGCAAUGUCUAG